AUGGCUGGAAUUAACCAUUUACAAAAUUACCCAGAAUUAUAUAUUGAAAGUAUUUCUGAUGAUCACUGGAAUAACUAUAUUCGACAAAUGUCAAAACAAGGCACAUGGUGUAAUAAUAUCAUUAUGCAAGCUGUGGCUAAUGCAUAUAACUGUGUCAUCCAUAUCACAGAAUCUAAUAUAGAUUCACCUGAAGGUAUAUUCCUAACUCCUGUUGCUGAUCAGGUAGGACGGAAGACAAUUUUUAUUGGAUAUAUCAAUGAGUUCCACUAUGUUUCAACAGUGACUGAGAAAAAUGGUCAACAUAAAAACAAACUGAGAUACAUAAAGAGAAAGUUAUCAGAAACCAAUGAAAACAAACAAUGUAGACAUCUCAAGCACAGAAAUUACUUGAAAAGAGUCAAAUAUACAGAAACAGCCAAUGAGAGGGCAAGCAGACUUAUGGAUAAAAGAGCUACUUAUAAGAAAAACAUGUGUGAAGAAACUCCUGAAAAGCGAAAAGAGAGACUUGCAAAUAAGAGAGACAGUUAUAGAAAAAGGAUGUCUGAAGAAACUGCUAAAAACGAAAAGAGAGACUUGAAAAUAAGAGAGCCAGUUAUAGAAAUGAGAAGUCUGAAACAAUUUCCGAUGGACAAAACAAAAGUUGUGCCAAUCCAAUUCAUGAACAAAAACAGGCACAAAAUAACAUGAACAUUUUUCAUAAGUCCAAUGAGUUUUCAGUUUCUCAAUGCACUGUGUGUUUUGAAGCAUGGCCAUUGAAAUCCAACCCAAGGAGGGCAAACCAUUACCAGUGUCAAAGGUGCACAAGAGAUAAACAACAACCAAAGAAAUUUUCCAAGGAAAAUGACAUGUUGCCAUCAUUAGUACCUUUACAACUGCUAGGAUUAACCCAAGUAGAAGAAAUGCUUAUUGCACGUGCACUCCCUAUUAUGCGUGUUUACAUAAAACCUGGUGGACAAAGGGGCUAUUCGGGCCACGUUAUCAAUUUGCCUCAGAAUAUAGCUGAACUAGCACAUUCUCUGCCUAGAUACCCAAAGGAUUUAUCUGUUAUUGUUAAAAAAAAAAAGGUAAAGACAACAGUUUUAAAGAUGUGA